AAACUCGAGGACAAAUGUAUAAAACAGCUACUGGAAGAAAAUAAAUUGUUAAAGGAAACAAUAAUAAAACUCAAAACAUAUUCAGCUCGUGUAAAUGAAUGUAAAGUGGAGGAAGUGCCAGUCUUUUCAGAUCCACAUAAUCAGGUGUUUCCAGAUGUUGAAAAAGAAUGGUUGAAACAACAAUACACGGAAGUUUGUAAAGCUUAUAAUUAUCUCAAAGAUAAACUACAAAAAUAUGAGAGGCUAAACAACGAGUUGGUUGGAAAGUUAGCGGCAGUAGAAAAGUCAAAGCAAGAACUUGAGGAAAAUAAUCUCCAACUACAUAUAGACUACGUGUCGGCUAGAGAACACGUACAGAAACUUUUACAACUGGACCAUCGACCAUGUUUGCACAGCACUUCAGAUGCCAAAUUCAGAAUCGAUAAAAGUGAAGACGUUUCUGAAGAGCCCGAAUCCUUAGGAACUGCUACAAGUGAAGACGAAGGUCUUGGAGACGACAGCAGAAAAGGAGAUUCAACUGGUCCAAGUAGUCUUGCCGAUCUCCAUGAAACUGAAGAAGAUCUUUUGACUAAGUCCUCGGAGUUUAACUUUGCUGAAGAAUAUGUUAUGGAGCAUUCAGAUUUAAAAAUUAACCUUCACACAUCACAGGAAUUCCAGCAAAUGAGAUCAGAGUUUGGGGAGAUGAACAACUUACGAUGUAAAGAAAACCAGCUUUCUGAACGCCGUAAUCAUUCGAACAUGUUUUUCAUGGAGUUAAAUGAAAAACUAGAAGUAGAAAAAAACCAGAUGUGCAAGAUUCAAUCUGGAAAUUGUAUCUCUCAUCAUAACAGUUGUGAUGAAAUAAACAAGUGGGAAAUGGAGAUCGAGAAACAACAAGCUAGAUUCGAAGAAGACAAAAUGCGGCUACAGACAGCGCUAGUAGCAACACAAGUAGAGAAACAUCAACUUAAACCACAACUGCUAGAGCCGGAAGAAGUAGAAAAUGAUGAUAGAUAUCGAGAGGAAAAGUUACAAGAACAAAUCAACAACUUGUUUAAAAAACAACAACAAGCUAGGUUCGACGAAGACAAAAUGCGGCUACAGACAGAGCUAGUAGCAACACAAGUAGAGAAACAUCAACUUAAACCACAACUGCUAGAGCCGGAAGAAGUAGAAAAUGAUGAUAGAUAUCGAGAGGAAAAGUUACAAGAACAAAUCAACAGCUUGUUUAAAAAACAUGAGUCAUUAAAGGAAGAUUUAUCUGAAAAAAACAUGAACUCUGAAAUCGCCAUUAAGCAGUUCAGAGCAACAGAACCGUCCAAAAGUGAACUUCGUUCACAAAUAACCCACAUGGAGGCGCUGUUGCAAAACUUUAAAGUCGACAUCCGAAAUCUCGAAGCAUCUGAAACAGAACUGCGAGAGAAAGUUUUUAAGCUUGAACAGUCAUUAUUUCAUUUACUGUCUGCUGCCACUCAUCAAAACUGUGGCUGUUUGAUGCGCUCUGGUACUUUUCAACUUGUUAAAACUAUAAAUCCAGAUGUGAAGAUGUCAUGUGAGAAAUCUUCUGUAGAAGUUCAGGUUGAUGUUAGCCCUUUUGAUAAUUCUCGAAUGGUGUUAGAAAAGUUUACUCAAACCUUGGAAGACUUUCGGGCAAAGUUUGAUGCUUGCUAUCACAAUCCUGCAAUUAAUACUAUCCAUAAAAUUUCCAAACCUUCUCUUUGUUUUUUUUCUGAAGUGAAAUAUGAAAAACAAAGAGAUUCGUUGUUUCACAUAAAACAAAAAGAUUCUACACUGAAAGUGCAACCUUACCAACUGGAUGGCCUUCUUUGGAAGAAGUUACAUGACUUGGAAAAUCACGUUGGGACUUGUAAGAAAAAAAACAUAAACAGCGUAAUUGUCAGUCUACCAUUUCUAAAUGGGCCCGAAGAAAAAGAACAGAAAACACCACUAUGCCUUAACCUUUUGACCAUUGGAAAGUAUGAUACGUUUGACAAAGAAAUGCAAAUAUCUCUCCCUUUUCAGCUACAAAUCAUUCCAGUGACAGCGAAUGGCAUUUUACAGCAGAGAUGUGAAUAUUUUCUUUCCGCAAUGUUAAGUUUAGAUAGCGGUCAAGAAAGACUGGAAGAACGAUUUUGUAAACAAGAAAGAAUGAAAUAUGAAUACGAAAAAGAAUUAGAAAGAAAAGAAAUAUUUCACAAAGAAAGAGUGAUGCAGCAACAAAAAUGGAAACUAGAAGAAAUGUUACCACAGAAAAACAUUCAAAUGCUGAACAGAGAAAAACCUUUAUUUCUUGAAAAAGCUUCAUCGUCAGAUUUAGAAAAUCUUGAAAGAAAUGUAAAAUGGAUACAGAAAACAUUUCAGGAUCUCAAGAUAAAACACACUAGAGAACUUGAAGAUUUAGAACACAGACAUAACCACGCAGUUGCAAAUCUUAGUCAUAAAAUAAAAGGUUUAGAGAAAACAAUCGAAAAAAUGAAAGAUCAGGUAACUAAAUAUAAAGAAGAAGCAAAAAUAAUAAACAAUGAAUUGAUUCAACAAAUUACUGGUAUAUCACAUCAUGUAAUUUUUCCCAGAAUAGCAGAAACAAGAAACGAUGAACAAAACUGCUUUGAAGAGCAGGUCAGACAAAAGAAACAUCGUCUAGAAAAACUGAAAGAGGCACAUAAGUCACAACCGGAACUCUUAAAAUCGGAACGUUUUGGAAACGAAUCAAAAUUAGAAAAAGAAUUAAUAGAGCUUCGUUUUCAAAAUCAGAAUCUUGAUGACAAAGUCGCAUUGCUUCAUGAAAAAUAUAUGGAAUUAGAGAAAAAAAUAACGUUUAAAUCAAGUGAUCUUGAGCUCUGUGAUCAGAAAUACAAAUAUAGUAUGAAACUUUUAGAGGAAGAGCAUCAUACGGUGGAAGCAAAAUUAAAAUGGAGGACAAAAGAAAUGGAAGACUACAUAAAAACUUAUGUAACUGCACUGAAAGAAGAAAAGGAAAAUUUACAAGUAAGCCUUCAAAAUGCCUUGGAUGAUCUUCAUUUCAAAGAAGGCUAUGAGUUUCGAAUUUCAGAAUUAGAAAAACAGAUAGUGGAUCUAAAAACUAAAAAUGAUAAUGUAACAGAAGACGUUUAUUCUUUUAAAGUGCCUAAUGCUCAAACAAAGAAAAAUGCAGAAAAGUAUCAUCUUCGUGACAUGGAAGACACCAGAAUAAGAGAACUUGAAAGCAUUGAAGCAGACUUAAGGCUAGAGGUUACUCGUCUUCGUCAGUGUUUGUCUGCUUCCAACUCCCACUUGGAGGACCUUGACUGUGUCCGCCGAAACCAAGAACACACCAUCACCCGCUUAGAAAAAGAUAAAAUAUCGCUUCAAGAUGAGUUGCUGCAGUUGCGCGCUAGUUCUGGAAAAUCUCAAGAACUAUUUGAUAGAAUAGUUCAGUUAGAAGAAGACAAAAUUAAACUGUUGAAAAGAAUUGAAACGAUGGACAUUGAAGAAGAGUGGAGAGAAGGGCUCAGAAACGUUAACGCACAAUUACAGCAACAAGUUGAGUUGCUUCAAGAACAAAUAACAGAUCUAAAUGAACAGAUUAAUGAUACAAAAGUAUUGGAGGACAAUGAACCUGAGCCAUCAGGAGAAAACGUUAGCCACCAGAGGUCGGAGACAGAUAUAGCAGAAUUGGAUCAGCAGUUGCAACUUCAACAAGAACUGAUCAUUGCACGUCUACAGACAACAAACGGAGAACUGGAAGCUAAAGAAUCUGGAGAUCUGGUGUUGGAGGGAAAAAAAGAAAUGUAUGAUGUUGGCACAAUGACUGAAGAUUCGGAAUUAAAAUCAGGUUCUCUGCACAGAUCUACGCAGACAGUAAGCAAGGAACCAGCUCCAUCAACAAAUUCACAUCCGAAAAGACUGACAAUGAGGAAGGCAGAAACUAUUGAGACAUUACGUCACAAUGUUAAAUGUAUAUCGACAUCAUACGACACAUCAGGUGUCGCUAGUAGCCAUUUAAACGUUUCUGAUAUCGGUUCAUUUGAAGAGCUGGAUGCUCCAUUCCAUUUUGGGGAAUGUGUCACGUCAGCUAUGCUGGUUAUGGAAAAUAAACUAGAAAAUAAAGAACAUCUUGAAACCUUCGAGAGGAAGUUCUUACCAUCGGACACAUCACCACUUUGUAAUAACACAGAAAGUACGAGGAGAUACGCAUCUUUAUUUACGACGUACUUCUUGCCAGCUUUCGACACCUUCAAAAAACUGUAUUCGGAGAAAUCAACCGAUAUACCCAACCUAUUAACCUCUGAAACUACAAAACCACUUUCCAUGUGCCGACGUUCUUCCAGAGACAAGAUUUUUAUGGUGGAUGAACUUCAAAGUGUUAGAGGCUCCGAUCCAACAAAAGCACUUAGUCUAUCAGCGUCCAAACCCUCACCGGUUAGUUUCAUUAGCUAAAAACGUAUAAGAAGUUGACAAACUCUUGACAUGAAACAUUUUGAAAGAGGUAAGUGUGGUCUCAGGCUACGAGCUGAAGAAGUGCCAAAUUCCCUAAUAAUCUUUUGACUUCAAUGCUAAGCUGUGUAUUGGGCUUCAUACGGUUAGGUUAAAUCUGAUAUGUGGAUACAGCUUCACAGUUCCUGUCUAAAAUGAUUUAACUCUUCUUUCUUACACCCUUCAAAGAUUUAGUGUUUUAAUCAUUGAUAAGGAAAACAAGUUAUUGGAACUGCAUUUGUAACUUGUUAUUUUGUAUUUCUGCUUUGAGUAGAAAGUGUUGAUAUAUUAUGCCGUAUUACUAAAAUAUUUCAUUGCAUUUUGGAAGUGCCACUUUAGUGUUCAACUGUUUUGUUAAAUACCUCUGUAUAAUUCAAAUUUGACAAACAAUAAAUAAUAUAUCACAGAAACUUAUA